AGUGGAGACCCUCCUAGCGCCGCUGCCAUGGGAACCUGGUGAGCUGCGGGCACUGUAGGACCAGUUUUUUGGGGGUCUCGGUGGGUGAACCAUGGACAGCACCCGGCAACAGCAGCAGGUCACCGCAACUCAUAGACUGCCCGGGCACCCGGAGAGCGACGGCGACAACGAUGUCUUUCUGCCAGAGGGGAGUGCGGCUCCUGCUAAUCAAUUUUUGAAUGAAUUGCCAAGCUACCAGUCCCUUCUAAGAAGAAAACCCUCUAACUAUGGGACUCUAGAAAGACGCAGAAGUACCCGACGAUUGACAACUUCUCUGUCGCGUGAGCCAAGUCGUGUAGGCUCCAUCCAUGAAGAACCAAGCAUUCCCCUACGUGACUAUGCAUUAAGUAUCCAAGACAAAAGAAAAAUAAGGGAUAGUCAAACAUCACGCACUCCAUACACCAAUGGAUGGAAUCAAUGGAGAGAGAGCAGCUGGAAUCAAGCAAGAAGAUACAAGGAUGACAUUUCAGCUUUAUUCUCCUAUUUAAAGCUGUGGCAAAGUAAUAUUAACAGCAUUGAGGGUAAAUUUGGCACGGGUAUUGGAUCAUACUUCUCCUUCCUCAGAUUUCUGGUACUACUGAAUCUUGUGAUCUUCAUUCUGAUGUUUAGUUUCACCACGUUGCCCGUUGCGAUUUCCAAACAAGGCAUUUUCAACAGCAGCCAAAUUAUUCCAGCCGCCACUGAUGUCUCCUGCACAAUCUACUCACCUGCUGGUCAAGGGCUUCUGUAUUUCUAUAAAAAUAUCAUAGAUCUGCUUUCUGGAACGGGUUUCCUUGAACUCACAUAUCUAUUCUAUGGUUAUUAUACUGUAGAGUCUGUCACUGUUUAUGUCUUCAGCUACAGUUUGCCUCUUGCCUAUGUGCUCGUCACAAUUUCCUACCUGUUUUUGAGUGUUAUUUGGAUAGUUAAACGGGCUGUAGAAGGCUUUAAACUGAGUCUUGUGAACAACGAAGAUAGGUUUCAGAGCUAUUGCAAUAAAAUCUUUGCAGGCUGGGAUUUCUGCAUUGCCGACGUGCAGUACGCUCGAUUGAAACACAGCAGUUUGCACCAUGAGCUAAAGACGGACUUGGCAGAGGAAAGGAUACGCCAAAGGAAAGACAAAAGAACAAGAGGAGAAACCAUUCGUAUCUGUUCCUUACGGCUGUUUUUAAAUAUAAUUGUUAUUGCAGUUUUGGGGGGCUGCUUUUAUGCAGUUUACGUGGCCACCACCUAUUCACAAGAGCAUAGUAACAGUGUGGGACCACAACAAACAAAUGCCAUCAACCUGCUCGUAGAAUACCUUCCAUCUAUCGUAAUCACCAUUGCAAACUUUGUAACGCCUCUUAUCUUUGAAUCAAUCGUGCGUUAUGAAGACUACUCGCCAGCCUUUGAAAUCAGGUUUACUUUAAUAAGGUGUGUGUUUGUCCGGUUAGCCAGCAUCGCUGUACUCCUGAUCACCCUUUGGUCUCAGAUCACCUGCCAAGACGAGACCUGCAGCCCGUGCGGAUAUAACAACAAUCUGUACCCUUGCUGGGAAACUCGAGUUGGGCAGGAAAUGUAUAAACUGAUGAUUUUCGACUUUUUAAUAAUUUCAGCAGUGACUCUUUUUGUGGAAUUUCCGAGGAAAUUGAUCGUUACAUACUGCUCAUGGAAACCGGCUAAAUGGUGGGGCCAGCAAGAGUUUGAGAUUCCUCAGAACGUGUUAGAGAUUGUCUAUGGGCAGACCAUUUGCUGGAUUGGAACCUUUUACGCUCCUCUUCUGCCAGCCAUUGCAACAGUCAAAUAUUUCAUUAUCUUUUACAUCAAGAAGAUAAGUCUUAUGGAAAAUUGUAGACCUUCAUCCAGGCCUUUCCGUGCAUCCAGCUCCAAAUUCUUCUUCCAAGUGAUACUGCUGAUAGGGCUAGUCUUGGCAUGCAUUCCCGUGGGACUCGGACUUGCUUAUGUACCAUCAUCUAAAGCAUGUGGACCAUUUAUGAACUUUAUUACCUCUUGGGAGAUUAUACCAGUCACUAUAAAAACCUUCCCAGUUGGCCUGCAGAAUUUAAUCAACGUCCUUGCUUCGGAAUCAUUUGCUGUUCCCUUUUUCCUGCUGUCAUGUCUUGUCUUGUUCUAUGUCAUUGCUCUGGCUGGAGCACAUAAGAAAGUUGUGCAUCAGUUGCAGGAACAGUUAACUAUGGAAAGCCGGGAUAAACUUUUUCUGAUCAGACGACUGGCUGAAGCUCAGGGUUUUAAGGCCUAAUGCUCCCCAAUGGCAUCCACAGAUUUUUUUUAUUUUACAUUUUUUUAGGGCACUUGCACUUACUGAAGGUGGAGGGAUUCAUAUGCAUUGAAUCAAAUGCAGCAGUGAAGAGAAAAUAUUAACGUUACAAUUUUCUCUUACCUCCUCUUAUUUUUCAUAGGAAAACCCAAACACUAACAGUGUCACUGAAAAAUUCAGCACAUGUUGGGGCUGUCUUCUUUAGAAACACACUUUUUAUUUUGUUUUCUUGUUCUUAAGCGACUAUAACAGACCUGUGCUGGAAAAUAUGUUGACAUGGGUCAGAUAGACUAAUUUGAAGAUUGUACUUAUUAGUUAGCAUUAAAGUUUCGGUGUUGUGAAUGCAUGACAUUAAGUGUUAAGGACUCCUCUAGCUAUCUUAAAAUGUAAAUGACUGAUUUUAAAGUAAUAAUAGGUUAUGAGAAUUUAAAUGGAGUCAACUGUAUGUGUGUAUUUUUUUUGUAUGUUUACCUUUAAGUGUAGAAUAUUGUGUUUUAGGUCAAUGUUGUUGCAAAUAAAAGCUCUCCAUUUUUAUUUAGUGGUUUUGAAUUAGAUUUGGGUUCUUUAUGUAGGCAAUACUGUUUUACUCAAAUUAUACCUCUCCUGGAACUUGAAUAAUGAUCAUGGAUAUACGUUCAUGAUAAAAUAACUUACAUGGUUUAAAAUGCACAAAUAACAUUCUCCAGUUUAUGCAAUAAUAAAAACCUAAGACAUAGCUCUAUCUCACCAGUCUCAAAAUUCCACAAAGGAGUGAGACAGUCUGUACGGGCAUUUGGUUAUAUAUCUAUAACCUAGAAUGUACUGUAUAAGAUUCUAUGUAUUUUAAAAUAUGUGUAAAUGUAGCAAGCAUUAAUCAAAAGGAAUGGAAGGUG